UGCACAAGUGUGUGCGUUUUUGUUUGUGGAAUCGGUAUAAAACCCUACGAGGACGAAGAGCCACCGAGCAGGUCGCUGGACUUCCCUAUUUCUCCUGAAGAAAUCUCUGCUGGACAACAGGAAUUUUGUUGGGACAACUAUGAUGUUUCCCUGCGCUGCUCUGUCGCCUACUCUUUACCCGGGUUUCCUGCGUGUCCCUGCUACUCUCUCCGCGUCACUGAGCGAAUCGGCGGCUCAGGGAAGAGGAACCGGCUUUCUGGUAGAAGAUCACAUAAGCCAACAUGUCGGCUACAUACAUCGAACUUUCUCGUCCCUUAGUUCCGGAGACAUUCUGCCGUUCAGUGCGGGGUCAAGGUCCUUUCCACGUACAACAGAACCAAGCACGGAGACAUCCGGUCAACUCAGCCGCAGCAGCCCCGGAUCUGUGUACGCAGCCAGCCCGGACUACCUGAAGUUCGGCGUCGGUACGAUCCUGGCACCUUCUACAUGGAGUCCCUCUGCCUCUGUGGUUCCUGUCCCAGGAACAUUUUCAUGGCCCCUAAGCCCCAGAGGGAAGCCCAGGAGGGGCAUGCUGCGGCGGGCUGUGUUCUCAGACCUCCAAAGAAAAGGUUUGGAGAGAACCUUCGAGAAGCAAAAAUAUAUUAGCAAACCAGACAGGAAGAAGCUCGCCAGUAAACUGGAUCUUAAAGACACCCAGGUGAAAAUCUGGUUCCAAAACCGCAGGAUGAAAUGGAGAAACUCCAAGGAGAGGGAGCUGCUGUCAACGGGCGGCUGUCGGCAGCAAACCCUCCCCACCAAAACCAAUCCCCACCCAGAUCUCACUGAUGUGGGCAGCACGUACAGCCACAGGCUGAGCAGGAUUGCACCGUACAACCACGAGUCGCAUCUCUGUUGUCAUCAUCGUAACCCUUCGACUCUAUCAGAGUCAGGCAAACAAUCAGAACUGUCACAGUCAGACAGUGAAGAAAUCACAGUUUUAUAAGAGAUUCAGAUUAAUGGAGUAUUCCUAGAAGAUGAUGGAAGUAAAUGAAUUAGCUCUCCAUUUUGCCCUCUAUUUUUUGUACAGUGUUGUGUAUAUUACCUUUAUAGCAUAUCUGCACACACUAAUUAAAGUAUA